GUGUUUGUGUGUAUGUGCGUGCCUGCGUGUAUUCGUGUGUGCGUGUGUGCGCUGUGGGCCUUGCUUGAUGUGUUGUUUGUUCAACACAAUCACAUUUCUUUUUAAGCGACAGGGUGUCUAGACACACACGUGACCGGGCGCGUCAAUGCGCACUGGAGACUGGAGACGGAGCAAGGGCACCCAAACCAUCCGCCUCAUUUACAGACAGAGAGCCUUUUACCCCCCUCGAGAUCACUCGCCGGCUCGCCUUCCUCCGCACACACACUCAGACAGACACGGAAACUUGCUGUGAGAAACGAGCUUGGAUUAUUUUAUCUUGAGGGAUUCGCUUUUACUAAAAUAAGUUACGAAGCUCGGAGCGUGGACGUACAACCCGAGGGGUCUCUCUCUCGUUUUUUUUUCUCCAGGCUUUUAAACUCGAGAGAUUCAGCCCUGGAUUCGCUCCCUGUCUCAUCGGACGAGGUUCUGUCUCGCCAGUAGACCACAUCAUCUGCAGACGAGUGGCAUAUUUAGACGAUAACGGAUAAAAAAGCCUCCUCCUCCGCCAGCCUGCUUGGAGAGCCCUUCUCUGUGCAGUCGGAUCAAGGAUUUUGUGGAUUAAUGCUCUUGAAGACACAGCGGCGAGCCUCGCUUUUCGUGGGAUAAUUGUGAUAGCCCUUCGGUUUAAUCAGGCCCCCACUUUGUCUAAUAUCCACCGUAGCUUUUUGCGCAUACAUGCUGUAAUGUUUGAACGGUGUUUAUUUGCGUAAAAAUCGCCCGAGACCGUGUUUUAAAGGGGUCAAUCCACAGCGCUAGGCUGCACAUCACCCAGUGAGUUGAUCGUACCACAUCCAGCCUACAUGCUGCUGUGUUGUAGCACAUUUUCUCCUGCUACGUUUUGUUUUAAAUGAUAGUUUUUUAAAGGUCUGGGGUGAUGGUUUUUCCUCAGAGGAAAAGCUGACUGCUCCGUGAACCUCCUCGACUAUUUUUCGGCGCUCAUAUCUGCAAGAGAAGGCGACAGAGACUGGCGUAUGCUACAGAUUUCAUCUGCUUUUCCAGCUCCCAGUUUUUCCACCGUCUUUUCUCAGGCUGCUUGUCAUUGCCUGGACUCGGCUCCCGGAAUCUUCAUGAUUUGCGGACACCAUGCUCGUUUUUUAGCCGGGAAAACCUCUUUUCGUCCCGCAUGUUUAGGACCAAACGAUCGGGGCUCGUCCGGCGACUCUGGAGGAGCCGUGCGCCCGUGGAGGGCGACGGGGAGGCGGAUAGAGGGACACAUGGCUCCGGGGGCUGCUGCAUGGGCAAAACGACAAAGGCGGCCAAGACCAACGUCGGGUCCGAGGCUGAAUUGAAGGCGUUGACCCACUCGAUACUGAAAAAAAUCAAAGAAAAACAAUUAGAGGUGCUUUUGCAGGCGGUGGAGUCGAAGGGGGGAGCCCGGAGCCCCUGCUUACUCCUACCCAGCAAAGUGGACGCCAAAGUGGGUCAACAGUCUUACUCUCUCCCCAUGCUGCUCUACAAAGUGUUCAGGUGGCCGGACCUCAGGCAUUCCUCGGAGCUCAAGAGGCUGUCUUGCUGUGAAUCCUACGGGAAAGUUAACCCAGAGCUCGUUUGCUGCAACCCGCACCACAUGAGCAGACUGUGUGAACUCGGUGAGCUGGAUUCAUCUCCUCAUUCUCCAUAUAAGACAAAAAAGUUGUGAAAUAGCCUUUAAUUCUCUGCUGUUGGGGCCUCAUUUUUGAGAGCAGACACCGUGUCAUUGUGUCUUGAAGAGAUAAUUAGCUUCAUUGAAAUGACUUCACCUCUCUUGGCUCGGUUCGGUUUCUAGAAGGUCGAACUUGUCCGUAAAGUGUGCCAAAUAGUCCUCUUCAUUCGGUGUCAAAAAACUGCAAACUUACUCUGAAUAAUACUCUACAAUGACAGUUUAUCCCACUCUAAGGUUUUCAUUUGGGAUAACUUCGAUUUUAAUGUUUAUAUCGACCCUUGAGCCGAACAUUACAACUUUUAUGAGGGUAUUUUCAACUUGGUGUUAUAAACAAACAUCCCAUUAGCUAUUUCAACAUUUCACAAUUGGCAUUUCCAAAGUGCAAAGCGACUCAUCCCGGGCUUUACAGUCUUUCCACGUGAAGUUUCCAGCGCUUGUGUGUGUAUUUGUGUGUCUGUGUGUGCGCUAGCUUGGCGUCCCGGGCCAAAAGAGGCCCGUAUCUCAGUUUGUCCUAGACGCUGAUAGUGGCCCUCCUGGCGCCAGGCGGCCCCCUGUUUAUCUGCCUGCCAAUGAAAGGCAAUAGCCGCCCGGCCUCUCUGCUUCUCUUGCCUCUCCAGCUGACAGACACAAAACCUUUUCCCCGAAGAAUGACAACUCUUAUCAUAAAGUUUAGAUCUCUGCUUUGUGUGUGUGUUUUUUUUUCUCAUACUCUGCUUUUUUUCUUUCUUCCAUGCAGAGUCCCCCCCUCCUCCAUAUUCCCGCUAUCCCAUGGACUAUCUUAAACCACCAGGUAAGCUUUAUAUUAAUGAGUGAAUCCAUGUGUGUUUUAUUGUUGCUCUUCUGCAAAAAUAUGCACACCUAAAAGGCCAUCUUGUAUUCAUGGAUGUUUAUGUGUUGUCUGUGAGUCUUACAUUACACAUGCAUAUAGUCUUACACUCCUCCUGUGGUUCAUUUGUGUGUGUGUGCGUGUGUGUGUGUGUGUAGGAAGCAGCUCCAUGUUAUGUUGUGAUUUAUGAUAGCGGUGGAGUGGCACGCCUGGCUGGCUGGGCAGUUCCAGUGUGGCUGGCAGCCAGGGCAAAGCAGCACAAAGUUGAGAUACCAGCUAUAGACUGACUGGCAUUUCACCAGGGGCAGAGAGAGAGAGAGAGAGAAAGAGAGAAAGUGUGUGUGUGAGGGAAGAAAGGCAAGGGAGGAGUUGUAUUAUGGGUGUUUUGUUUGUGUGUCCAUCUAUCUAUUGUGAAUCGAAGUGCAGACAGCGGCGUCUCUGGAGCCAGCCAGCCAUUAUCAUGUGAAUUAAUCAACAGAUUAAGGUUGAGGACGUGUGUGUGUUUGUGUGUGUGGGGGAGGUGUCAGUGUCCCACAUCUCUGCAUGGAUGUGUUUGUUUUAGGGACCAGAGCAGAGCGCAUUUGUGUUUAAUUCCCAAUAUAUUUUUUAUUUCUCUAACAAUCUUUGCUGUUCCUUGGUAGCUGCUGUGGUUGACAUUUUACACCCCAGCGCCAGAAAGCUGCAUCAGGUUAUGUCAUCGCUUACUAAGUCAGAUUGGAAGUGUGUUAAAUUUCAAGCUAUAACCAGAAUAGUGCGAGAGCAGGGAGCACUUUCUCCUCAUGUCACAGAGAAGGUGGCAGAGAUAUAAAUGCAUACAUUAUGUGGUACUGCUAAGCCUUCAGUAUUAAUUUUCCUUCACUCCUUUCCUCCUUGCUACCGCUCUGUUUCUGUCUGUCAGUGCAGGAAAGGCUCAGUAUUUAACAAUGACCGGUCAGACGACCAGUUAGGAUGAAGAGAAAGUGGCUUUCAGUGAGUGGAAACAAUAGGAAGUCAUUGCAGCUGCAGCUGUGGUUCCCCCGUUUUACUUUGAAUGUGUAAACUACCUGAAAAGGCAUAUAACGAAAGCUUAAAUACAAGCAGGGUACAUCUUAGAGGUUGGAAAUGACAUGAUCUACAGCAGUGUGGAGGGUCUUUGUGGAGUUCUUGAAGGUAAAUAGGAAAUGCAGACAAAGGAAACAGUUAUACAACUCAUGUUUCCCCUUUCAGAAACAGCUUAAAUCUGGUUUGACCCCGUGGGGAUUAAAUGCUGUGAAAAAAAAAAAAAGAGUAGACUGAGGCGAGGGGUGUGUGGCCCUGCUGAUGUUGGUCCUCAAGUUGAAACAAAAGUCUAAAAUUCCCUUUAUGGAGAUGGAUUCUCACUGAAUCUUGAUGCAUAAGUGCAGCAGUCCCUCUAGGCCACCUGUCAUGUUGCUUCUUCAUUUGGUUCCGUUCGUUGAAUGCAGCAGCAUUUGUGGUCUGAAGACUCUCUGUUUUUUGGUCAUUUUAUUGUUAAGAAGGGGUAAAGACAACAUAUAUUAACAGGACAAUGAAACAGGAUGGAGGAGACACACAGACAGACAGAUGAACUUAUGCAGAAAGACAGGGGGGUUUCCCAGGGGCCCCAGGAGGCUGUCAAUCAUGACCUCCUUCUCCUUUCUGAAAGCUGUUACAACCUUCCAAGCUAGUCUCUGCAUUAACCUUAUUUUAGGCUUUGUUGAAGUGAAAGUUAGGCAACUUGCAUUGCUAAACUUUAGAGAGCAAUCAAACAUGAAAAAAAAAAAAGAGCGAUGGGUUUUAUGAGGAUGGUUUUAUGAUUCCAGUGAGCAGGAAGUGGCAGCAGCAGCAGCGGUCAAUAUGAAAGCGGGGCUGAGAUGUCAAACGCUACCUUGUUUCAGCUCUGGGGAAUAUAAAUCACACACUGUUUGGCUUCUUCUCUCUCUGAUGCCCCCUCAGCUCUGUGGUCAGCUGUGAACUGUUGCCCGGGGAGACCAGGGCAGAGGCUGCUGGCAGCCAAUGAAAGCAAAGGAUGGCUGGGCUCUGCCCGUGCAUGUCGUUACUGCGACCACAGCAGCACGGGCAGCGUCCGGACCCGGGGAAGGGUGGCAGGCAGUCGGACCACUUUGGUGACUGCUGCUUUUUUCCCCCAGGAUCUUUAACCCUUCAUUGUGGGCAGAUGGCUUUCCGCCCAAUGAGUUGGGUUGCUGUCAAGGUUGCUGCCUGUUGAAAGAAUGUCAAACGCCAGCGUAUUAUAAAGAAAUCAUGCAAAAAAUUCAAUGACCAGCACCAGGAAACUGUUGCUUUGGCAUCAUAGACUAUGGUGGGUCUUUCAUCAAUGAAAAGUUGAAACUAGCAGAAAUAUAUACAGAAAAUUCCUCUUUAGUUGCUGUUUUCCUUUCGUCUGCAUUCGAUAAGUUGCUUUGAAACUUACAUCAGUUCCCCUCUAGCAUCUUACUUCUGUGCCGACAAAAACUGCAUUUUACAGACACAUCCAUACGACGACCACCACCACGCUCGUAGCAAGUGUAGCGCAGCAUUGACGUGCAGCAAAAGGAAUGUAUCAUUAGCAAAUACCAAGCUACCAGCAGCAGCAGCAGCAGCUCUGCAGCGGAGCUAGCCUUUUAGUCCCAGCGGUGUGCAGCUCUCAGCCGUUUUGUUAAAGCCCCAUUCAGGUGUCAUGUUGAAACUAGUCUACAUUACAAGUCUUAGUGGGAGUUAAGCAUUCAGAUGCAAAGAGAGGGAGAGCGAAUGAGAGUGAAUAAGUGUUUUUUUUUUCUCUUUCCCUCUUGUCUGGCUGCUUGUUUGGUGGUUAGUAAAUUGUUAUCAAGCUUUCAAUGCCUUUUUUUUAGCAAAGCUGAAAACACAUAACGGAUUUGGAGGUAGAAACACCUUUGCACAGAUUUCUUUUCCGGCUUUGUUUUCUCUCCUAGGUCGUUUAUGAAACCAGUUUUGAUCUACAGCGAAAGAGGAAAGUCUUUUAGGGCAGGAUCUGUAUUUGGUAAUUGGGCAGGGAUCAGAAGUCUCUGUCUCUGUCAUUAGCAGGAAGAACACGGCUCUUUCCAGAUCAGCAGUUCGUCUGUGCAGAGAUGCAUGGGGCGAACGUUCUGACUGAAGCAGUGGAUUAUGGGGGAUUAUCAGGGGUGUAAGGCACUCUCCUCUGUAAGUCUCGGCUGUGUGUGUGUGAGAGUGUGAGCUUCAUCGUCAGCGUCUUCAUUAGGCAUUGAUUUCACCAGGGUGAUUGACGGUCUCACAGCUGCUGCUCUGCCUUCUCCCCUCACACACAAACACACAAACACACACACAGGGACACACACACACACACACACACACAUGGUGCUAAUUCAAAGUCUCUCUCUGUCUCCAUUAGAUUCUCCAGACUCUGGACCGUCAUGCAGUGAAACUGGGGGAACAACAUACUCAGCCCCUGUGGGGCUUUCAGGUAAAUAUACAACAAAUACACACUUUUCUUUCUCUCCUUCUCUCUGUCAUUCUAUCUUACUUGUCUGUUUUCUUUUCCUACUCCUGUGCAUUCCUCCCAACACACACUCCAUACUUGUGAUGAUGAGGCAGUGAUUGUGGGGGCCCCUGCUUCCCCUCUGUAAUAAAAAAACCUCAGUGAAGGAGGGUGGUGUAUUUCUCCCACAUCCACAUAAAUUCCUCCCUUCUGGCUCCACGAACAACGCUCCCCUCUUCUCCUCUUCCUCUCAUCCUUCUCCGCGUUGUGUCGUAAUGGAAGACAAACAUGCCGAGUCGUUGUUUGGAGAAGAAUAUGCUCUGUUGCGUGCUGUAUUGUGGGAGGAAAACAUUAAGAAAUAACUAAAAAAGGUUUGAGCUGACAUGCGAGUGUUUCAUCGUGUUUGUGCGUACAGGGGGUAUGAGUGUGUGCGGACUCUCCUCUGGGCGAGACGCAGGCGCUUUUCUUUCUUCCGCCUGUCUUGCAGGACGUGUUUCAGGCUUCCUCAGCUUUUCUGCCCCCAUAAUCCCCUUUGGCUGUGUUACCCUGUCCGCAGGCUACAGAAAAAGAUGGAGUUCACAGGAGAGAGGGUUUGCUCUGUGCUGCUCUCUGCUUUCCUCCGCCUCAGAUGGUUCUCAUUACUGGGCCUUUAAAGCCUGUUUUAUGUCAGUUGGUGUUGGCUGCUCGUUUCUCCCCCCUCCUCCUUUGUUUGGUGGUAGGGGGGUUGGGGGAGUUGCCUGCUCUCUUGCUUGCUAGCAUGUGUGUGUGUGUCCUUAGCUGGGGUAAGAGAUUCUAGUACAGGAACCAAAAAUCAGUCAGAUGCCCACUAAAGACACAUUUCAGACCCAGGUCUAACUGUGAAACUCAAGAUCUGGAGUCUUGACUGGCGCCCCUUUGCUCCCUCCAUACUCCUUGCCUCCCUCAGCUUUCCCGCCUCCUCUUCCACCCCUGUUUUCCUUCCUGGCGAGGAUGACAUGGCAGCAGCAGUUCCACUGAAUGGGCCUCCUUAGAAAAAAAGCACUAGAGGUAGAAAGGCCGAGCCAGGAUGGCCAAAGCACUCUGCCCUCGCAAUUUCCCCAGCAAGCCACAUUAAAAAAAGGCUUCUUCUUUCCUCCUCCUCCUUAUGCUCCUUCCCUGCUUCCCUCAUUCGCUCGCUCCCUCCCUCUGGGACCUUGACAAAAGAAACAUGGCUCUCCCAGAGGCCUGCUGCUGACCUUCUAAUUCACUCACUCUGCCCUUUUUAUGUUCUCCUCCAGACGUUUUACAGAGAGGAAGAAGGAAGGGAGAGGAGGGUGGCGAAGACUCGGAGUUAGCAUGAGCCGUGUUGUUACUUUUUUUAAUCAAACAUUGAAGUAAAGCAGCCUAGUUUAAGAGUUUUAGCUGAGUAAGUCAGGAAAACUACCCAUAAGAAGCCCUCAUUUUUCUUCAAACACAGUUAAACAGAGUCGAUGAGGCAGGAGAUAAUACCCUUGGAAAAAUCUAAGACUUUCCAGGCUGAAAGGGGUUAAUGGAGCUGCGACAGCGACAAGCACAAAUGCAAACUAGGCUGCCUGCCAGGCUACAAGCUCCAAAGCUCCUCUUGCUGGCUCACGUCAUCAGCUUGGAACAGAGCAGAGAGGAGGAGGAGGAGGAGGGAAGAGGAGAGGAAAGGAGGAUGGAGGAGGAGUCCAUGGCUGGAGGCCUAGAGUUGGGUGUCGGGGUGCUGAUCUUGGUUUGAGCUGGGGUGAGGGCUUAGCUCAGGGGUUAAAGGUUCUCCCAGGAACUGAAGAGGAGAAGGAUUAGGAGAGAGAUUUGGGAAUGGAAGAUUGGGUCAGGGUUUGGUGUAUGCUGGUUUGUUGGUUAUGAAUCUGUUGAGCGCCAAGUGAUAUUGAAACCAGUUAGAGACCAGAUUCUACAAGAGCAGCUCAGGUAACACCCACAGGACCAGACUGCCGAGCUCUAUUAGGUCUGGUUUUUGAGUUGUCAGGAUUAAAAAGUCCACGUGUGUCAGGUAAGGAUGAAUACGAUUAAAAAUAUUGCCCUGCUGGUGUUAGUGCUUUGUUGGGGAUACCUAAACAUCAUUAAUACACGAAAAAUGUGACUGUCUGAGAGGAUACUGAUGCAGAUAUAUUUAAUGGACCCAACUGAUUGAAUGACAAAAGGUUCGAUCACUUAACGCAAAGUCAAAACGGCUAACGGUGUAAAUGUGUCCAAAAAUGGCAGAAAUUGAAUGGAGUUUGGUGCAGUCUGAUUGAAAAGUAAAUAAACCAGAUUAGAGAUUAUGGCCAGACUUUCACGACCAGAUUUCUGUACUUUUGGGCAAUUUUUCUGUCCAUGGAUAGUUGCUGUUAGCAUUGAGGAUCAGUACCCGCCCAGUAACACACACACACACACACACACACACACACACACACACUCGUCUUUAAAGUUGUCUUAUAGAGGCAUGUUGGUGCUCAUCUUUUAUUGGAUGUGUAGCAUCAGUGUAUAUGUGUGUGUUAGUCAGUGGCGUGCCUGCUGGUGCCAUCGGGGACUGACCCAGAGUGCUUGUGUGUAAGAGGAUCCAGUCAGGCUGCGGUGACACGUACACACACACACACACAAACACACCAACACAUACACACAGGCAGGCAGAUAAAAUGACCUGGUGCGAGCCCUGGCGCACAGCCGACUGUCACACAGGCGCUUCCUCCCACUGCAGGUUAAAUUUAGGCCGAGUUGUAUUCUUAUACCCCCAGCCAGUCACCUCGCUCGACAGACAGUCGGCCAGCGUUUCAGUCAGUCAAUUAGUCAUCCAGUGAAUCGGCUGGAGGUGUAACCUUCAUCAGGGGCUCUGACAGGGAUUAAAUUUAGUCUUGGCACCUCGGCUCAUUAAAUCAAAGUCGUUCUGCUGUCAUAUAGAGGGUCCUGAAGAAAUGACCCAAUUCUGGAGCAAACCCAGUGAGGGAAAAGGGCCUGCGUGUUGUUUUAAUUUGUCUGUCACACAAGAAGUGAGGUUUGAAUUACUUAUCACCAACCUUAACACACAAUCUUAUAAUUUUUUGGAAGCCAACUCAAAGCAAUCAGGGGCUCCAGUCAGUCAGAGACAGAGCACCCUCAGUGUUGCAUUCCUGCCUUGUUUGGGUUAGCAGGCAAAGGAAAGGGCUACGCAGGAUAUGACCUCAUGUCUUUGAGGAAAAGGCGAGUGGACAGGGAGGCAGACGAGGCCUCUUCUGGAUGGAAAACAAACACUGGAGGGAACCAGCCAGAAAGAGGGAAGAAGUAAAACUUCGGAAUAGGACUCGGAGAUGUAUAUGUAGCCAUUUAAGAGAUCCUAUCCUCACCAUAAAGCUGUUUCUGCUUUGGCUGAUGUUUCUGCCCCAGAGUGAGAGAAGAUGGCGGCUUUGGGUGGAGGGAGAGAUGGCCGGCAGCUCUGCUCUGUUCUCUGUAAUUUGGAGGCUGCGUGUUCAGCUAGUGAGCUGCAGAGCCGGGCUGCUCCGUGCCGGGCCAGGAUCUCUCAUUACUCCCCACUUCCUCUCCUUGCGCGGCAGCCAAGCCGCGUCUUGGCAAGGGACUUAAUUUUUGGUUUUGGCCGUCCUCUGUUCCACACCCUGUGUCAUUAUGCUGCACAAAUCGAAAAAACAGCAUGCAGAGACAGCGGAGGAUGGAAAGAGGGGGGAGAGAAGAGCUGGAGGAGAGGAUGGAGGAAAGUGUGCCUCGCUUGUUGUUUUUGUUCAAGACUCUCUUACUUCAAGCACCAAAACAGUUGAUACAUUAGCCUAGCUUAGCAUAGCCACUUGACUGAAAGGUGGGAUAUGCAGAUUUGGCUGCGAGCCCGAGCUUGGAGGGAAGCCCAGAACAAGAUGAACAUUGUUUUGGUUUGCAGUCACUCUGUGGAAGUGGAUUUUGACAUUACCUCAAUGUACGGAGACAUGAGAGAGAGAACAAGCCAGAGACAGUGAGAGAGAGAGAGAGAGAGAGAGAAGGGAAGGAAGAGAGAGACGCCCACCUUUUAGCAGGAUAAAGACGGAUAUGGAAAUAAGUGGAGACACAUUCCUGUAAACCUGUGUGUAUUUGUGUGUGUGUGUGUGUGUCAGAUUUCUAGUGUGACACACAGUCCUGCUGUCUCCACCCUCCCGCCUGCUCAUUCAUGUAGUCAGUUUGUCUUUUGUCUACGCAGACUGGAGGGGGUGUGUGUCUUUUUUAUCUCGGCGACAGACGCAGGCCUGUCAGUAGCCACAUCUCUAUCACACACACACACACACAUACACACACAGAGGUACAUAAUUAAUAAUAACAGUGUAACAACACACUGAAACAGAGGUGCACAACUGGCUGUGCUGGUUGUCUGCCUCCCUGAUUGUGGUGUUGUGUGUUAUUCAGUUCCCACGGUGUUUUAGCGCCAUAACAAUGUGACUGAUUGUUCUUCUUGUCUGUCCAUCUGUCCGUAGCGCCCAGUGUGUGUGUGUGUCAGAGAUAGUGAUCCUGAGAGUGAUCUCCUGACUUGUGUGUUUGCAGAAAGUGAGCUGAUGACAUCAUUCAGCCAGCCUGGCACCCUGUUCCCAACGAGCCUGUGUUUAUUUGUCCUGUCACCCUGGGAAAUGUGGGCUGCAGAGGAUCAUUGUGUGUGUAUGUGUGUGUGUUUUUGAGGGUCAGUAUGAUGAAGUGCUGGAAUAAUAACUCUGCAGGAGUAGAGCAAAGUGUUGCCAGGAAUGGAGUCUCCUAAAGCGCUGUAGUUUUGAAACUUUGUGGUAAAUAUGACGCCAGAUUAAAUAUGAAAAUUCCUCCUUUUGAAAUCUCACACUCGGAAAAAACACAGCGCUGAGCCACAUUAAGAACUCUGCAUCGUGUAAUUAAAGCAGAGACAUCCACUCAGAGAGGAUCACACUAUAGAUGGAGGCAUUAGCAAAACAUUUCUCCUCCUUAUCUCCUCCAGAUUGAGACCGGAUGGUUCAUGUUAGAGAUGGCGUGUCUGCAGCUCGUUCUCUCUAUCUGUGUUUCUGCGAGGAGUCAGAUCUGUAGAUAGCGAAACUGUGCCACUCCCCUGUGUGGUUUUCCUGCCAUCAGGGCUUGUUUAGGUUUCCUGAAGUGGGGGUAGGAAAGACUUUACAUCUUCUUAUGUAACCUGCCACCCUAAAGAGGCAUUUCCUCUUUCAGCUGCUAAACACCUCUUUAACAAUAUGUUUUUCUCUUUUUCAAAGUUGUCUGCUAACAGUAAGGCUUAAAUGAGACUAUUUUCAUAUGAGGCUGCAUCAUGAUAAAUCUGAACUGGGUUACAUGCAAUAUUCACUAGAUAAGAGAGUGGGAAAUGGCAUUAUACAUUGUAUUUGAACAGUGAAUCAUUUCAUAUUGAAUGGUUCUGUAUUAUUGAAUCAUAUUCUAUCAUAUGUGCUAGGGUCGGAAUGAGAGGAUGAGAGGAAGCGAAAAGAAAGUCAAAUGCUAAAUCAGCUAAACAGUUGAAAAAAUUGUAUGGAUCACAAUAUAUUGUAUCGCAAUACUCUCUGUACUGAAAAAAGGCUUAAAAUCGACUCGUGGCCCAAGUAUCAUGAUAAUAUUGUAUCAUGAUAAUAUUGUAUCAUGGCUUAAGUAUCGUGAUAAUAUUGUAUCUUGGCUAAAGUAUCGUGAUAAUAUUGUAUCGUGGCUAAAGUAUCAUGAUAAUAUUGUAUCAUGGCUCAAGUAUCAUGAUAACAUUGUAUCAUGGCUUAAGUAUCAUGAUAACAUUGUAUCAUGGCUUAAGUAUCGUGAUAAUAUUGUAUCGUGGCCCAAGUAUCGUGAUAACAUCGUCUUGUGGCCCAAGUAUCGUGAUAAUAUUGUAUCGUGGGGCCACUAGUGAUUCCCACCCCUAGUAUGUGCGUAUCAUGUAUUCUCAUCAGUGCACACUUUAGCCUAAAUUAAUGGCAUUUACUGCGUGUGUUUUCAUGCUAUACUUGAUCAAGAUCAACUGACUACAAUAAUUAUAAUGGAGACAGAGUUGUUUAUCUUUCAGGAGAGAGAAAAAAAACAGGCUUUAAUGAGAGCCUGUGUUGUUUGUAUUGAUGUGUUUUUAACGGCUUUCUCUCUCCCUCUAAAGUGGUUCUGUCUUUGAAUUCCUCGCUUACCUGGGAAAUGAACACAACAGGCAACAAACCCUCUGUUUAGGUCUCUAACAUGUAUUAGCUUGAAAAAUCAAUGACACCAACUUUUUGGAGCACUCACACAUAGUAGGAGAAAUGCACACACACACACACACUCACACACAGUUGAACAUACACGGCCUUGCAGAGAGAACAAAAGGAAUGCCUCUGGGGUGACCCUUGACCUUUGGAAUAGACUUUCCCCGGCUCGAGAGAGGGUGUUGACUUAGAAAAUAAGGCACCAUGAAGAGUCCUUCCUUCCCCCUCCAGCUAUUUCCUUCAUGCCUUCCCCAUUCCUCUCCUCAGCCGCUGUGCGUGUUUUGUGUGUGUGUGAUGACGACAGGGUCAUUACACAUUCGAGGCGCACACACACACACACGUACACACAUACUGGGUCUGAGCUCAAGGGGAUCGAUAUGAGACAGUUCUCAGGAGCCUUCCCACAAUUUACCGACGUUGAUGGUGUUGCGUCCGAGACUGAAGGUUGUAAAUUUUGUGCGUGUAUGUGUGAGGGUUUAGGCGUGGGACUCUUGCUGAAGUAUAGUAGUGACUGAGUGUGUGUGCUGGAGUGUGUGUAUGUGUGUGUGGAGUCAGACAGAGGUAAUGAUUAACCUUUCCAGACUGCGUUUCGGCCCUGUGAGAAGCACCCAGUCUGUCCUCACCCCUCCUCUCACAUGUCCCUCCCCCCCCGCUUCAACUGAGUCCAAUUGUCUCGGCUAGCGUGGCGUCCACUCUUUAAGGUCUUGGACCAUUAAAAUCCACAGGGGAGCCAGCAUGUUUGUGUGUCGACUUGCAGAAUCUGCCCCCCUCCUGUGCUGUGGUUUAAAUAUUUUGUAUCCAAAGGGGGUUUAUUUAAUCACAGAUAUUUACAGUCCCCCCUGCCCCCUACCUCGCAGACUAUAAGCUGAUCAUCUAUUAAAUACCUCGAAAACAACGGAGCGAUAUGCUGUUUUUGUUUGCAUUUAGCAGCUCCUUGCUACUGCUCCUCGCAUUAGAAAACAGUAAAUUAUCAACGUUUAAGCUCUCAAAUAAAUUUAGUUUUGGAAACACGUUCAAAUGAAGCGAGUUCUUUUGAUUGGCAGUCUGGAUUGGGGUUUACAUGCAGCCCCCCAUGAGACGAUCUAGACUGGGACAGACCAGCAGCAGAGCAGAAUAGAAAAGGUCGACGUGACAGAUGGCCUCAGGCUGCCAGCUAGCCUGCUUAUCUCCAGCGAGGAGCCGCCCGAGACACACACACACACACACACACACACUCACAUGCACACACACAUAAACGGCCUGAGAGCAGACGAGCAGGUGGGGGUGGCAGACAGAUAGACGGACUAAUGCUCCGAUAGGCAGACAUCCAGAAAGCAGACAGACACACAGACAGAUGUACAGACAGCUCUGGAAGUGUUCAGGGGCCGGAGCGGAUGGAAACAACGUGCUGCAAGGACAAGCGGACUUGGCGCAGACACUCUGACGACACCGUCUGACACACACAUGAACGCACACCUAUGUGAGAAGCACCUGAAAUAGUGUCGGCGAGUAACAUGAGGAGCGCGACUGUGAGACACCUCACACGCGAACACACUAUGAGUUAAAAAUUAAAAGUCAGCCGAAUGAGCCUCGCACUUGGAACAUGAAGUGUUGAUACAGGGCCAUGCGCAUUAGUGCGUGUCUUUAUAUUUGUGUUUGCUUUCUUUGUACAGCAGCAGCACACAGGUGGUCUGAGUUCAUCCUCAACAGGAGGGGGUGUGAACACAGUCCUCAGGAGGCUGCAGUAGCCUUUUUCAGCCUAAAACUAGCUUACCUGUAAGCUUAUUUUCAACCAGACAGAAGUCUAUAACUCUAUUUGUGUUUGUGUCUUUGUUUGGAUAGACCGGCUCACCCUCUGAAAUUAGCUUCCAGUCGCUCUCUUAUCUAACUGUGGCUGAGGAAUGGGAAGAAUUCAGGAUAGCUGUUGUCACACUGCUGAGCCAGAAGCCCUAAAUCACUACACUGCAGUGCUGGAAAUUAACUUAGGUACUGCUCUCACUCCAAUAGAACUCCUCAGGUUUCAUUUUAUGAAUAUUUAUACGACUAUUAUGAACUUUUUACUCUCUUUUUACUUUGAUCAACAUGAUGAGAACUCUUUGAGAUAUACUGUAGCGCUCAGGCGGAAGUUUAAGAACAUCUUAAAAAAAGGUGUGAUGUUGAUGUCAUUGUUUCAUGUAUGUUUUGGUUUUAAGCUUCCUGGUUAUAGAAGAGGUAAAGUGUUUUAAAGCAGGCGUCCCAGGGUUGAGCUACUGAAAGUGUGCAUUUUAGGGAGGUUAGGUUUGACACUUAAAGUUGUAACUUUUCACUCUUACCAGCUUUCUUUUAUCCUUCUCUUGUUCGAGAGGCCUAGUAAUAUAAAAUUAGAGUUUUGCAUAAAGAGAUAUUUGAUCUCUUCUGUUGUUUUUCUGUCUCUUCAAUCCUCCUCUUUUAUUCUUUCUUGACUUUUAUCUUCUCUGUGCCUCAUAAAUGCUUCCAGUAUGAGUUAAGGAGAAGAGAAGAAAAGAGAAGAGAGGAGAGGGGAAGAGAAGAGAAGGGAAGAAAGGAGAGGAGAGGCGACGAGGGAGGGGAAGCGGGGCAGUUAGUGUAGUCCUGAAUAGCAGGGUGUUUUCAGGCUGCAAUGACAGGCUCAGACAGGCAGCCGCUCUAAUGACCUCUGACGCCAGGCCCUGUCUCUCUCAGCAAUAACAAACACACACACACACACACAUGCAGAAAAAACACACACACACACACAAACUCUCAGGGCCCCACAGGUGAGCUCCACCAGCAGGCCCUCUGUCAGCUGUUAAGAAAGUCCAACUCGUCUUUCUCCUUGUAAAACCUGACUGCUCCCAAACGUACAUGUGAAACAGACCAGAGGGAAAACAGCUCAACCAGUACGAGACACAAAAGACGUCUUCUGUCUCUUAUCGCAGAGAUAAACGCUCUCUCUCCUUCGUUAGGUCUCAGGUAGAUUGCUGGGUACUUAGUUUCCCCAGCACCCUAUGAGGACGGAUUUACGAUAAACUCCCUGAGGCUUGGCUCUGACCAACUUCAAAGCACACAGCCCCUCUUGUUUUAUGGAAGGCAUGCUUUCAGUUUUUCUCCCCCCUCCCUCUCGUCUCCUCUCCUCUUCUCUGUUUCUGUCUCUCCUUUGCCUCUCUGUUGUCUUUUUCUUCCCCUUUUUUUCCCCUCCGUCUAAUGAAGGCUAAUGACAGGCCGCGGUGAGUCCGCUCGGGCCGGCAGAGAUCCUGCUGCAUUAACGUCGCAGUUUGUCUCAGACGGGACCUUCCAAAUUACCGGUUACACUCGCAGCUACCGCCAGAUGAAACGAGGAAGAGAGGAGGAAUGGGGGGGAGAGAGAGAGGAGGCUGGGAACUGAGAAAUGGUUCUGAGACGGGCUCUUAAUUUUUUCCCUCUCAUGUAUUCCUCUCAGCUCUUGAAGCUUUCUUAACCCUUGAAUGUGUGUCUCAUCAUGAAGAGAGGAUGUUAACAAGAUUAUGAACCGUUGAUAGGAGUUUGAGCAAUCGGGUGACCUUUUUGAAAGCACAAGAGGCACUUAAAAAAAAACGAGAGAGGAAGCAAAGUUGCAAAAGUAAUAGUCAAAAUAUGUGAAAGCAUUCCUUCUCUUCCCCACCCCGCCCCCCUUUUCUUUCCUCUCUUCGUCUCCCUCUAUUUCCCUUGCGCCUGACUGGCUCCCACUUUUCUCGCUGGGAGUAGCUGGGAGCCAGAUUUCUGUGGAAUAGAGAUAUGAAGGGGGGGAGAGGGACGGCGCAGGAGGCACACUAAAGGGAGACGGCAGAGGGAAGAGGGGAGGGAGGGAGGAGGGGUUUGGAAACUGGAGCACAGCCAAUGCUACACUUCUUUUACGCUCAGGGGAAACUUUAGACUGGAGAGGCCUAGCUUGUCAACGAUUCAGACACCAGGGUCUGAGAGUUAACGGCCUGCCCUGCUCGACAGAAAACACCAUGUGCUCCGCUGAGGACAGGGGAUAGUUUAUGUGUUUACGUGAACGCUUUUUGUCUCGUUGCUGUGAAUUCGGUAGUUUAUUUCCUCCCGUAGAGUUGAGAGAAAGACGAUUAGAAAAGGCAGUUGACGUCACUGAGUUGUUGGCUGCAGCGCUGCAAAAAUACAGCGAGCCAGACAGAAGAUAAGCAUUUAAUGCCUAGACAAAUAUUGUACUGCAUGUGGAUACUUGCCUGCCAGUGUCUCUGAGUUGCUUCUCUUGUCUGAAGUCCAAAAAUUCCAACAUGGUUUUCCUGUAUGGCAGAAAUGGAGGAUGACAGUAAAGAUUUGGCUCUUGACUAAAGUGAAUUCUCGAUUUCCCAAUACAGGGAUAAGGAAGAGGUUUGGUUUGGUAUUUGCUUUUAAUUUGGAGGCAUCUUCAGGGGCGUGUUUGGACUUUUUCCCAUCUGAGGAACUUAUAAUGAUAAAGGAUGGAACACAUGCGAUGCAGGGGGCAACUUUACUGUUUUUUUAUUGUUUUUUGUGGUUCUUUUUAGACUUAAAUGAAGAUGUAUUAAGAAUAUCAUCAUAAGAGUAUCAACAAAAGAAAAGAAAGCUGCAUUAGAACUCCAAAGAAGCUGUUUUUUCGGCAGACUCGACGAGUUAAUUCGCACUUCUACCUUAGCUAAUAGCCAAUUUUAGUUGUUAAGAGGGUGCCUGGGGCCCAUGCCACCCCCUAGCAAUACCCCCGAUCAUCAAACUCUCAUCCUUUCCUCCUCUUGUCUCUUUCUUUAAACUCUUGAUCUGUGUUUUCAUGUCUGAUGUUCCAGCUUGAGUAUUUUGAGUGACAGUCCUGACCGUCUCCUCCCUCUGUUUCCUUCUCUAGAUUCCUUGGCAUUGCAGGAGUCUGGUGAGCGGGCCCAUUGGUGCGUGGUGGCAUACUGGGAGGAGAAGACACGCGUCGGGCGCCUCUACUCGGUCCAGGAGUCCUCUCUGGACAUCUUCUAUGAUCUACCUCAGGGGAACGGCUUCUGCCUGGGCCAGCUCUGCUCUGAAAACAAGUCCCAGCUGGUGCAGAUGGUGCGGGCCAAAAUCGGCUAUGGCAUCCAGCUGACGCGUGAGCCGGACGGGGUGUGGGUCUACAACCGCAGCUGCUACCCCAUCUUCAUCAAGUCGGCCACACUGGACAACCCGGACUCACGCACGCUGCUUGUGCACAAAGUGUUCCCUGGUUUCUCGAUAAAAGCGUUUGACUAUGACAAGGCCGGGAACCUGCAGAGGCCCAAUGACCACGAGUUCACGCAGCAGCCUCGCACAGGCUUCACGGUGCAGAUAAGCUUUGUGAAAGGCUGGGGACAGUGCUACACCAGACAGUUCAUCAGCAGCUGCCCGUGCUGGUUAGAAGUCAUCUUCAACACCCGAUAGCAGCAGCCUUCCUCUUCUUCACCCUCGCCCUUUCACAAAAACAGACUCCACCCACUUUCCUUUUUUUUUUUUCUUCCCGCGGUUCAAACAAGUUCUGAAAGAAGAAGAAGAAGAAAGUAUAAAACUCUGACGGACUUUGUUUAAUAAAUGACUAAGAUUUAAUUAAAUAAGAAGCGAAAAAUGUAUUUUAUGUUAUAUAUAAAUAUAUUAUUAAUUGUAAAUAUGGAGACGUUUUAUAUGCAUCAUUAUUUAUGUAUUGUGCAAUGUGUUGAUGAGAAAAAGAAAAUAAGAUGCACUUUGCUUAAUAUAAAUGCAAAACAAAGAAAUGCCAAAAUAAAAAAAAAAUACAAAUAAUA